AUGGAGAAAUCGGGCUAUGGCCGCGACGGCGUGUACAGAUCCUUGAGGCCGCCGUUGUUCGCCCCGAAGGACCCAAAUCUCUCCAUGGUCUCCUUUCUCUUCAGAAACGCCUCCUCUUUCCCCCACAAACGCGCCCUCAUUGAUUCACACACCGGCGAGACCUUAACUUUCGCCCAGCUCAAAUCCGCCGUCUCCAAAGUCGCCCACGGCUUGCUCCAGCUGGGCAUCAGCAAGAACGACGUCGUCCUGAUCUUUGCCCCAAACUCGAUUCAGUUCCCCAUCUGCUUCUUGGGGAUCGCCGCCGUCGGAGCUAUUGCCACCACAGUAAAUCCUAUGUACACCGUCUCUGAAUUAUCUAAACAGGUACAUGAUUCCACGGCCAGGCUCAUCAUCACCGUUGAGGAUUUGCUACACAAGGUUAAGGAUUUCGGCCUGCCAGUUGUUCUACUAAAUUCCGCAGGGACACCGAGUUCGCCUGUCGGGAAAAUCCCGUCGAUAACCCUAUUCACCGAGCUUGUGAAUAAUGGAGGGUCUGUAAAUUUAGACAGUAAUUUUAGUAAAAUCAAGCAAGAUGAUGUUGCUGCAUUGUUGUACUCUUCGGGGACCACGGGCACGAGCAAAGGCGUCAUACUUACUCAUGGAAACUUCAUUUCCGGCGCGUUAAUGGUGACCUCCGAUCAAGAAUCCGCGGGGGAAUCGGAUAAUGUUUUCCUUUGUUUCCUGCCGAUGUUCCACGUGUUCGGUCUGGCUGUGAUCCUGUACUCGCAGCUGCAGCGGGGCAAUGUUGUGGUCUCUAUGUCGAGGUUUGAUCUCGAGUUGAUCUUGAAAAUGGUGGAGAAAUACAGGGUGACACAUAUGUGGGUCGUGCCGCCUAUUGUUUUGGGCCUGGCCAAAAGUCCGGUGGUUAAAAAGUAUGAUCUUUCGUCUUUGAAGCAGAUUGGGUCGGGGGCAGCCCCACUAGGGAGGGAGUUGAUGCAGGAGUGUGCCAAGAAUUUUCCCCGGGCCGUUGUUAAUCAGGGUUAUGGAAUGACUGAAACUUGUGGCAUUGUCUCAAUAGAGAAUCCAUAUGCAGGCCCUCGACAUACUGGUUCGGCUGGAUUACUUGUUCCAGGAGUCGAGAGUCAAAUAGUUAGUGUUGAUAAAUUAAAGCCUCUUCCUCCAGGCCAACUGGGAGAAAUAUGGGUGCGAGGGCCCAAUAUGAUGAAAGGUUAUUUCAACAAUCCAAAAGCUACCAUGCAGACAAUAGAUAAGCAGGGAUGGGUGCAUACUGGGGAUCUUGGAUAUUUUGAUGAAGAAGGUCAGCUAUUUGUCGUCGACCGUAUUAAAGAGCUCAUUAAGUACAAAGGAUUUCAGGUAGUUGCACCAGCAGAGCUAGAAGGACUGCUUGUGUCCCACCCUGAAAUAUCAGAUGCUGUUGUUAUCCCCUUCCCUGAUGCUGAAGCUGGUGAAGUCCCAAUUGCUUAUGUUGUCAAGGCUCCUAAUAGCUCACUCACUGAGAAGGAUAUCAAGAAGUUUAUUGCAGACCAGGUGGCGCCCUACAAAAGACUGAGGAGGGUAACAUUCAUAAAUACUGUCCCGAAAUCAGCAUCGGGCAAAAUACUUAGAAGGGAGCUCAUCGACAAGAUCCGUUCAAAAUUGUAA